UCUCACCUCCCUCUUCUCAACUCCCACCACCAUGUCUUCUCUCCUCCCUCUCCUUCUUCUCCUCCUCCUUCUCCUUCCCUUCUCCAUCUCCACCUCCAUCUCCACCUACAUCAUCCACGUCAGCCCUAAUUCCAAACCCUCAUCGUCCCCAUCUCUUCCUCACUACUUCUCCUGCCUUCUUCGCUCUAUCCAACCUCGUUCUCUCCGCCACCCUCCUCCUCGUCUUCUCUACUCCUACUCCUCCGCCCUCUCCGGCUUCGCCGCCACUCUCUCCUCUUCCCAAGUCUCUGCUCUCCGUUCUCACCCUUCCAUUCUCUCCAUCCUCCCCGAUCUCCCUCGCCAUCCUCACACCACUCACACCCCUUCCUUUCUCCAUCUCUCCAACUCCUCCGGCAUCUGGCCUCAAUCCGACUUCGCUUCAGACACCAUCAUCGCGGUUCUCGACACCGGCGUUUACCCUCACAACCAUCCCAGCUUCUCCGACUCCGGCCUCCCUUCUCCUCCUUCGUCUUGGCGCGGAUCCUGCGAUUCCGGCCCUGGAUUCCCCUCCUCCUCUUGCAAUCGCAAGCUAAUCGGUGCUCGAUUCUUCUAUAAAGGCUAUGAAGCCGCGCUAGGGCAUCCGAUUGAUGAAUCUCGUGAAUCGAAAUCCCCUUUGGACACUGAGGGCCAUGGAACCCAUACAUCCUCCACGGCCGCCGGCUCCUCCGUUACCGACGCCGGCUUCUUCUCCUACGCUCGCGGUCUCGCCCGCGGCAUGGCCACCAACGCCCGCAUCGCCGUGUACAAGAUUUGCUGGGCUGCUGGUUGCUUCGAUUCCGACAUCCUCGCCGCGAUGGACGCCGCCAUCAACGAUGGCGUCGAUAUCAUCUCUCUUUCCGUUGGUGCUUCGGGUUUUGCCCCGAAUUACUACCGUGAUUCGAUUGCGAUCGGCGCCUUCGGCGCCGUUCGCCACGGCGUUGUCGUCUCUUGCUCCGCUGGGAACUCCGGCCCCGGCCCGCGCACUGCCGUGAACAUCGCUCCUUGGAUCUUAACCGUCGGAGCUUCCACCAUCGAUCGCGAGUUCCCCGCCGACGUUAUUCUCGGCAACGGGGAUGUUCUCGGUGGUGUUUCUUUGUAUGCCGGCGAGCCUCUUGAUUCCGAUGGGAUCCCGUUGAUUUACGGCGGCGAUUGCGGCUCCGCUGUCUGCCUUUCCGGCAGCCUCGACCCUUCGAAAGUUUCCGGGAAGAUCGUUCUAUGCGAUCGCGGCGUCAACGCUCGAGUCGAAAAGGGCAGCGCCGUUAAGCUCGCCGGCGGUGCCGGCAUGAUCCUCGCCAACACCGCCGAUAACGGCGAGGAGCUCCUAGCUGACUCCCACCUCGUUCCUGCCACCAUGGUCGGCGAGAAGGCCGGAAACAUCAUCAGAUCCUACAUUCGAUCCACCGACUCCCCGACCGCCACCAUCGCCUUCCGCGGCACCAUCAUAAGCUCCUCUCCGGCGUCCCCUCAGGUCGCCGCCUUCUCCAGCCGCGGCCCCAACUUCCGCACGCCGGAGAUCCUCAAACCCGACGUCAUCGCUCCCGGUGUCAACAUCCUCGCCGGCUGGACCGCCAUAACCGCCCCCACCGACCUCGACAUCGAUCCCCGCCGCGUUCUCUUCAACAUCAUCUCCGGCACUUCCAUGUCCUGUCCUCACGUCUCCGGCAUCGCCGCCCUCCUCCGCAAAACUCACCCCAACUGGACUCCGGCAGCCAUCAAGUCCGCUCUCAUCACCACCGCCUACAACACCGACAACUCCGGCAACCUCAUCAAAGACCUCGCCACCGGCGAGGACUCCACUCCAUUCAUCCGCGGCGCUGGCCAUGUAGACCCCAACCGAGCUCUCGACCCAGGUCUCAUCUACGACAUCACCAUCUUCGACUACCUUUCCUUCCUCUGCUCCAUUGGCUACAACCAUCAACAAAUCUCCAUCUUUACCAAAGACGAGCUCGCCGUGAACUGCUCCUCGCCGGAAACUCUCACAAAUCCAGGUAAUCUCAACUACCCAUCAUUCUCAGUAGUCUUUGAUUCAAUGAACAAUGUGGUUAGUUAUAAGAGAGUAGUAACUAACGUCGGAGCUGAAGCCGGAGGAGCUGUGUAUGAAGCCGAGGUCUCAGCCCCGACCGGAGUUGAAGUCAGUGUAGAACCAAGUAAACUAGAAUUCAAUUCAGUUGGCCAAAGUUUAGCAUAUAGUAUUAGAUUUUCUUCCACUUGGGGUUCGAAUUUGGAUAGUUCUUCUCCGGUUUCGUCUUUCGGUUGGAUUGUUUGGUCGGACGGUGAGCAUUCCGUUCGUAGUCCCAUUGCUGUUACUUGGAAUGCUGAUGGAAUAGUAGAAGAAGGAGAAGGAGGAGUGGCUAGUGUUUGAUGGAGUAGUAGUAGUAGUAGUAGUAGUUGUGGUAGUAGUGAGUGGGGGUGUUAAGAGGAGUAUUGAUUGGUGUUUGUGUUUUAGAUAAAUUAGAGAUGGUUGGUUGGUUACUAGAGUGAGAGAUGUGGGAAUGAAUUAGAGUGAUUUCAGAAUAACAAGUCUCUUUUGGAUUCAGUUUCAUUAUGUUUUGGAAGAUUUAAUACAUUAUAUAUAUAAUGUAUUAUUUAGGUCUAGAUUUUUUAGUUUUAAUGAAAGUUUUUAUUUUUCUCUUU